CAAUUAACCAUGAUUUAACCUUCCUCCACCAACUUCACCCAUAACCAGAUCUUGAUCCUGUAAACAAACCACCACACUUUCAUGAACCAUAACAACCACCUCAACAACCUAAAUGCACUCAUCCAUCUUCUUCUUCUUCAUCACAUUUCUCUCAAUCUGUUCCAUUAAUGCCUGCGUCUUCACCUUGAAGAUGCACCACCGCUUCUCCGAGCCCAUGAAGAGGUGGUCAGAAAAUACUAACAAGUUCACCGCCGCUGAUUUUCCCGCCAAAGGUAGCCUCGAAUAUUAUUCUCAGUUGGCUGAUCAUGACAGAAUAUUCCGUGGCCGGAGACUCUCCGAUUCCGGCGACGAACGGCUUACCUUCUCCGAUGGGAAUUCUAGUUUCCGUAUCAGCUCUUUGGGAUUUUUGCAUUACACAACGGUUUCGUUGGGGACUCCGGGGCAGAAGUUUAUGGUGGCACUUGAUACAGGGAGUGAUCUAUUCUGGGUUCCGUGCGAUUGUAGUAGAUGUGCCUCCAUCGAUAAGACGGCGUAUAACUCUGAUUUUAAGCUGAGCAUCUACAGUCCAACACGAUCAUCAACAAACCAAAAAAUCGCAUGCAACCACACUAUGUGCACCAGCCACCACGAAUGUUUAGGAAACGAAUCACUUGACACUUGCCCGUAUUCAGUUUCAUACGUCUCGUCUCAAACGUCAACUUCCGGGAUUCUAAUGGAAGAUCUUCUGCACUUAGAAACAGAAGAUAGUGACGGUGAAGUCGUUGACGCUUUUGUCACUUUCGGAUGCGGGCAGGUGCAAAGUGGUUCAUUUUUAGACAUCGCUGCUCCAAACGGUCUAUUCGGGCUGGGUUUGGAGAAAAUAUCGGUUCCGAGCAUUUUGUCGAGAGAAGGUUACACGCCAGAUUCUUUUUCUAUGUGUUUUGGACAUGACGGAACUGGUAGAAUUAGUUUCGGUGAUAAAGGCAGCCUUGAUCAAGAAGUCACUCCCUUUAAUGUAGAUUCAUCCCAUCCGACCUAUAACAUUACGGUUACACAACUUCGCGUUGGUUCAUCUUUGAUCGACUCGUCUUUCACCGCUCUUUUCGAUUCGGGCACCUCGUUCACCUAUCUCACCGACCCGCAUUAUACACGGCUCACAAAGAGGUUCCAUGCGCAAACUAAAGAUUCACGCCAUCCGGCAGAUCAAAGGAUUCCUUUUGAAUAUUGUUAUGAUAUGAGUCCCGAUGCCAAUACGAGUCUCAUCCCGAGCAUGAGCUUAACAAUGAAAGGGGAAGGUCAAUUUUUCAUCUAUGAUCCGGUUAUUGUCAUCUCCGCAAAUCACGAGGUUGUAUACUGUCUGGCUGUAAUCAGGAGUGCGGAAUUGAACAUCAUCGGUCAGAACUUUAUGACUGGCUACCGAAUUGUGUUUGAUAGAGAAGAACUUGUUCUCGGCUGGAAAAAAUCUGAUUGUUAUGACAUUGAGGACUCGAUUGUUACAAGUUCAAAACCAUUGAACCCGAACAAUGUUCCUCCUGCUGUCGCAGCCGGGCUGCAAGGUCACCAUGAAAGGACCAGAAACAUAGGCGUGACUUCGGCUGGUUCGCUGUUUUAUAGUAAGGUUUUUUGUUAUUGGACUCGAAUGUGGCUUUCGUUUUUGAUUCUUUUGUUAUAGUUUUUAGUUUGCGCUUGUAUGAUAUACACGCCUAUAGGAAGUUGUAUACGGUCUUUGUGAAUGCCGAGAAGUCGAUUCUUGAAUAGCAAGAUAUUGUAAAUACAUCAUUUAGAAAGACACAUUACACAUUCUUUUGUUGAUCAAA